GAGAAAUCCCCCCGAAGUAACAUCCACGUCUUACCAUAUAAAUGAAGACUCUCACUCUCGAGGCGAAGAUUUCGAGUUUAGUUAGCGUGAACACAAGAUGAGGAUAGCGUGCUUGGUGUUAGCCGCGUGCGCAUGCGCUUUAGCUGAUCCAGCCAUAAACGAAAUCAGGCCCGUCUCCAACAGACCCGGAAGAUUCCUUUCACUGCCAAAUCCACAGAAAUGUGCGAAUAGACCAAAACAAUUCUUCUUCAGAGGACAUAACUACUUCUUCACUGGAAGCGUACCUGAAUUAGCUAAUAGAAAAGUAGACUGGCUAGAUGGUAGAAACAUCUGCAGGGAAUACUGCAUGGACUUAGUGUCUUUGGAAACUCAAGAAGAAAAUAACAUGAUCUUCAGACUGAUUCAACAAAACGACGUGCCUUACAUCUGGACUUCUGGCAGGCUAUGCGACUUCAAAGGCUGCGAAAAUCGUCCGGAUCUCGAACCCAAGAACAUCCUCGGUUGGUUCUGGUCAGCUAACCGCGAAAAGAUUCAGCCUACCAACCGUACCCCGGCGGGAUGGAGCUACAAUCCUUGGUCCCAAACAGGUCACAAAAAACAGAAACAGCCUGACAACGCGGAAUUUGACAUCAACAGAACAACCGAGUCUUGCCUUUCCAUUCUAAACAACGUUUACAACGACGGCAUCGCCUGGCACGACGUCGCUUGUUACCACGAGAAACCAGUUGUUUGCGAGGAUUCCGAUGAGUUACUUAAUUAUGUAGCAUCCACCAACCGUGGUAUACGUUUGUAAGACCUUGACAAGAAAAAUUAAACUGCCACAUAUGCGAGUGAGAUCCGCCAUCACGUUCUCAGUAUCUUUUGUAAUUGUUUUUAUAAAAAAGAGCAGUUCAUUUUUCCACAAUGGCGCUACGUAAAAAAAUUAGAGAAUGUUUCAAUAGCGACAAAAAAAUUUGAGGUUCUUUUUUCAAAUAAUCUAAGGUAUGAUUAACUUAUUCUAAAGCGGCGGUAUAA